GGGGGAAGUUUUGGUGGUUGUUGCCUGGGGUUGUGAGAGAAAGCGGGGAGGUGCGCGCGCGGGGGGGAGGAGGAGGAGGGGAUCUGUCCCCCUCCCACCUUAGGCCGUUGCUAUGGGCAACCGAGGAAUGGAGGAGCUCAUCCCGCUGGUGAACAAGCUGCAGGACGCCUUCAGCUCUAUCGGGCAGAGCUGCCACCUCGACCUGCCGCAGAUCGCCGUAGUGGGCGGCCAGAGCGCGGGCAAGAGCUCCGUCCUCGAGAACUUCGUCGGCCGAGAUUUCCUGCCCCGUGGAUCUGGAAUUGUUACCAGGCGUCCCCUCAUUCUUCAGCUUAUCUUUUCUAAAACAGAAUAUGCAGAAUUUUUGCACUGCAAGUCUAAGAAGUUUACAGAUUUUGAUGAAGUCCGACAGGAGAUUGAAGCGGAGACAGACAGGGUUACAGGAACAAAUAAAGGCAUCUCUCCUGUUCCCAUUAACCUGAGGGUGUAUUCACCACAUGUAUUGAAUCUGACUUUGAUUGACCUUCCGGGUAUCACUAAGGUGCCAGUGGGUGACCAACCCCAGGACAUUGAGUACCAGAUAAAAGAUAUGAUUUUGCAAUUCAUCAGCAGAGACAGUAGUCUGAUUCUUGCUGUGACUCCAGCCAACAUGGAUUUGGCCAAUUCAGAUGCUCUCAAAAUGGCCAAAGAAGUUGACCCACAAGGCUUACGGACAAUUGGGGUAAUAACCAAACUAGACCUGAUGGAUGAAGGCACUGAUGCAAGAGAUGUUCUGGAGAACAAACUUUUACCUCUGCGGAGAGGCUACAUUGGAGUUGUGAACCGGAGCCAGAAGGAUAUUGAUGGUAAGAAGGACAUCAGAGCAGCAUUGGCAGCUGAGCGCAAGUUCUUCCUUUCCCAUCCUGCUUACAGACACAUGGCAGACCGCAUGGGAACACCCCACUUGCAGAAGCUGCUCAACCAGCAAUUGACAAACCAUAUCCGGGAGACUCUGCCAUCACUGCGUAGCAAACUCCAGAGCCAGCUUUUGUCCCUUGAAAAAGAAGUGGAGGAAUACAAGAACUUCCGCCCUGAUGACCCUACACGGAAAACUAAAGCGUUGCUUCAGAUGGUCCAACAAUUUGCUGUGGACUUUGAGAAGCGGAUUGAAGGCUCUGGGGACCAAGUAGACACGUUAGAACUAUCAGGCGGAGCCCGAAUAAACCGCAUCUUCCACGAAAGGUUCCCUUUUGAACUUGUCAAGAUGGAGUUUGAUGAGAAGGAUUUGAGACGAGAAAUCAGCUAUGCAAUCAAAAACAUCCAUGGUGUAAGGACGGGGCUGUUCACACCAGACUUGGCAUUUGAGGCCAUUGUGAAAAAACAGUUGGUGAAGCUGAAAGAGCCUUGUCUGAAAUGUGUCGACCUGGUUAUUCAGGAGUUAAUCAAUACAUUUAGACAGUGUACCAGUAAGCUUGGUUCUUACCCUAGGCUUCGAGAAGAAACAGAGAGAAUUGUUACGACAUACAUCAGAGAACGAGAAGGGAAAACUAAGGACCAGAUUCUCCUGCUGAUUGACAUAGAGCUGUCCUACAUCAACACUAACCACGAAGACUUCAUUGGAUUUGCCAAUGCACAGCAAAGGAGCACCCAAGCAAAUAAGAAAAGAGCAAUCCCAAAUCAGGGUGAGAUACUGGUCAUCCGGCGAGGCUGGCUGACUAUCAACAACAUUAGCAUCAUGAAAGGUGGCUCCAAGGAGUACUGGUUCGUCCUGACGGCAGAAAGUUUGUCUUGGUACAAGGAUGAAGAGGAAAAGGAGAAGAAAUACAUGCUCCCUCUGGACAACCUAAAAAUUAGAGAUGUGGAAAAAGGCUUCAUGUCCAACAAGCACGUAUUUGGUAUCUUUAACACAGAACAAAGGAAUGUGUACAAAGACCUGCGUCAGAUUGAGCUUGCGUGUGACUCCCAGGAAGACGUGGACAGCUGGAAGGCCUCCUUCCUCCGUGCUGGUGUUUACCCUGAGAAAGACCAAGUGGAGAAUGAAGAGGGAUCCCAGGAAAACACCUUUUCCAUGGAUCCUCAGCUAGAGCGCCAAGUGGAAACUAUCCGCAAUCUUGUUGACUCAUAUGUUGGGAUCAUCAACAAGUCAAUCCGGGAUCUUAUGCCAAAGACAAUAAUGCACCUAAUGAUAAACAAUACCAAGGAUUUCAUCCACUCGGAGCUGCUGGCCUACCUGUACUCCUCCGCAGACCAAAACAGCUUGAUGGAGGAGUCUGCAGACCAGGCGCAGCGCAGGGACGACAUGCUGCGAAUGUACCAUGCCCUGAAGGAGGCAUUGAACAUAAUUGGAGACAUUAGUACCAGCACCAUUUCCACACCGGUUCCUCCUCCUGUGGAUGACACAUGGCUGCAGUCAGGGGCUAGUGGGCAUAGCCCAACACCACAGCGCAGGCCUGCUUCGACUGUGUUGCCACCAGGGAGACCGCCAGCGGUGAGGGGCCCUAUGCCAGGCCCCCCCUUGAUCCCAAUGCCAGCCGCAGGCCCUUCCUCUUUUGUGGCACCACCCAUUCCAUCACGCCCUGGACCGCAAGGUGCAUUUGUUGCUAAUAAUGACCCUUUCUCAGCCCCUCCUCUGAUUCCUUCACGACCAGCACGUGUUCCACCCGGCAUCCCUCCAGGUGUGCCCAGGCGUCCAGGGAGAAAGCCGGCCUGGUCUUCGUGAAUGAUGUCUUUAAGAAUCGUCUUUAAUCUUUUCGAAACAGAAGACCCCCUGCAGCACCGAACCGGCCCACCAUUAUCAGGCCUGCUGAGCCCUCCUUAUUAGAUUAACUACAACCACUACCAGGGAGAGCUGUUGCUUGUUAACUAUCUUGUGGAGAGAA